AUGCACCUGGUGGGCGCGGGCGUUCCGAAGGACGUGGCGCAGGCCAGGGCGCUCUUCCGGGCGGCCGCUGACGCGGGCGACCCAGAGGCCCAGUUCAACCUGGCAUUGCUCCACUCCGCCGCCCACGCGGAGGGGGACGACGUGUACCGGCAGGAGGCCCUGGCGGUGCUGUAUCUCUACGCGGCGUCCACCGCGGGCCACGGCGGCGCGCUCAUGGCCAUGGGGUAUCGGCACCAGCCGCGGCUACGGGGUGCCUCAGGCGUGCUCCACCGCGGUGCUCAACUAUCGGGCCAUAUCGACGUAGCGAUGAGGGUCGUCAAUAUCUACAGCGCCGGCAUGCCCCAGGCCGUGGAGCUCGUUCGCAUAAAUGUCCGCCAGGAGGAGCGCAAGGUCGUCAGCUCCGCCGAGAUGCAGCUCUUCAUUCAGAUGGCGGCGAGCGGAGACGUUGCCGUCGCUUACGCCAUAGGGAAGCGCUGGCUUCUCGGCAUUGAGGGCUUCAGGCAGGACUAUGACAAGGCGCGGCAGUACCUGACCAUGGCGGCCACCGCCGACCAUCCAGCAGCUCAGGGCCUCCUGGGUUACAUGUAUUGCCUCGGCCUGGGCAUCCCGCAGAAUCUGGACACUGCUUAUGGAUACUUCCUCUCAGCGUCGCUUCGUGGGGACGAGUUGGGGCACAACGGCCUCGGCUAUCUUUAUUUCAGGGGCACGAGCGUGCACGCGCGAAAUUACAAGCUCGCCUUCCGCCACUUCAACGAGUCCGCCGACAAGGGGUCCAGCGAUGGCAUGUUCAACUUGGCGAGCAUGUACCUGACUGGCACAGGCACCACGCAGAGUUUCCAGAGAGCCGUGCUCCAUUACACUCAGGCACUGGACCGCGGACAUACGCCCGCUGCUUACUCCUUGGCGAUCAUGUACCUCAACGGUAUCGGCGCACCAGUGAAUUGCGACAUUGCCGCGAAGCUGCUCAGGACCGUUUGCGAGCGAGGCUCGUGGGUCGCUGACAAGCUUGCAGAUGCCACCGCGCUGAGCGAGAAGAGUCCAGACAGGGCGGCCCUGCUCUACCUGAAACUCGCCGAGACAGGGCACGAAGUGGCCCAGAUGAACGUAGCGCACAUGUUCGAUGUUGGCCAGUCUUCUUUACUCUUCCCAGGCGAUGCACCGACAGAAGAUGCCAGCACGGCGGAAGCGACACGGCAGCAUGGCAGGAUCUUGGCGCAGCGUUAUUAUGAGAUGUCUGCGGAGCAGGGCAGCCCGUCAUCGGAGCUGCGCCUCGGAGAUUACGCAUUCUACGGCUGGGGGAUGUCCGCGUCGUUCCAGGACGGCGAGGACGAUGCCGACGACGGUGCCGGCAAUAGUGAGCCGUCGCCUUCUCCCGAGGUGAAGAUCAGGCCCCAGGCGGUGGACUACGAGGCCUCGCUGGCAAGAUACAGGAGGACGGCAGAGACGACCGUGACCGGCCUGUGGAUGCAGUCCUUCGUUGCGAGGGGGUAUUUCAACCUUGCAUUCAUGCACCAGUUCGGCCUCGGCGUGCCGCAGGACGUGCACCUGGCCAGGGCGCACUACCACAAGUCCCGCGAGGUGGACCCGGCCACCACCACCGCGCCGGUCGCGCUGGUGCUCCCGCUGCUUGGCCUGCACGGCCUGCUGCUCCGCGUCCCGGCGCCGCGGGCGCUGCUGGAGCGGCUGUUGCUGGACGUGCGGGUCCACGCCUUGGGCUUGCACCUGGUGGUCGCCGCCGUGCUCAUCGCCGCCCGCGCCCGCUUCUCCGCGAGCCGCCGGCCGCCGCCGCGGGCUCGCGCUCCGCGCGGGACUGUCCAGGCGCCCGCGGGCCAGCCGGGGGGCGCGCCGGGCCGCCUGGAGCUGUGA